CAUGAUCUCCACUGCUGAUGAGCUGUGGGGCUCUGCCUCUGCCUGAAAUAACCUUUCCCAUGUUGGACCUUUCAGAAGCCACUCCUGGGGAGCCAGUACCUAUCAGCCACCAGAGCCCCUUUCCCUCAUUUGCUGCCAACACGGAAUUCCUUCGUUCCAGGGUCAGGAGCAGGGACUCCUUGGCCCUGUUUGCCUUUAACCUGUUCUACUUUGGGUCACUUCCCUGCAGCCUCGUCACUACAAUCCCCCCUGUCCCACCUCUCCCAUUCCGUGUCCCACAGUAUCUGCCACGGACUCAAGUGAAUCUGGAGAGCAGUGCAGUUCCUCGGGACUCUGGGAAUGUUUUAUUUUCUCUGGGGAAUUUCCAGCUGCUCUGCUGGUCUGUGUCACUUUCUGGAUGACGUUCAGAAGAGCCCAUAAGAGAGGGGCUGGAGAGGAGUGCAGCGCGUGGCCCCAGCGAUGGAGUGAGUUCCUUUCCCGGGAUAUCUGGCUCAUUGCACGGAGGGGGCAGUCUGCCUGCAGCCAGGGCCGGGCUGCUCGGCACCUCAGCGGCCGGAGCGUCUCUGGCAAUGCCUGCACUCCGUCGAGAGAACACUUAAGGAAGUGGAGCUGCGGAAGUGGAGCGAGCCGGGUGCCUCUCGAGCUGCGCUCCGAGGAGCGGGUCCCUCCGGAGCCACAGCGGGUGCCUGCCCGCCUGCCCACGGGCACCGCCUGCCUCCCUGGGUGACCUGGGGUGAGGCUCUGCCUGCCCGGAGAGCUGCUGAUUUACAAUGCAGAUUCCUCGCUCCCUGCCCCUCCUGAGCUGGGCUGGGAUAUAAGAGGCCGUUCGCUCUCCGAUGCCAACAGUGGCCAUGGCAGAGCGCCCUGCAACGUGAGAGGCACAGAUAGAGCAGAGGGGCCGAGCGGAGCCGAGUGUGCAGCUGCCCUUGCUCCUGGAGGCUGAGGAGCACAUCGGUGGGACCAUGUCCAUGCUGACCCCCGUCCUGCAGCCCCCCGAGGUGAAGGAGUACCUGUGCAAGGGCGAGCGCUUCAUCAAAUGGGACGAUGAAACAGCAAGUGCUUCUCCCGUGAUUCUCCGAGUGGAUCCGAAGGGCUUUUACGUGUACUGGACCUAUCAGAACAAGGAAAUGGAAAUUCUGGAUAUCACCAGCAUCCGAGACACCCGAGUGGGGCGGUUUGCCAAAAUCCCCAAGUGCCAGAAGCUCCGAGAGGUUUUUAACCUGGAUUACCCUCACAGCACUUUCCUGCUGAAGACCCUGACCAUUGUGUCUGGCCCUGACAUGGUUGACCUCACUUUCCAUAACUUCGUGUCCUACAAGGAGAAUGUCGGCAAGAGCUGGGCUGACGACAUCCUGGCCAUCGUGCGCAAUCCCCUCACGUACAACGCCUCCCGCUACACCUUCCUGGAGAAAAUCCUGGUGAAGCUGAAGAUGCAGCUGAAUGCAGAGGGGAAGAUUCCUGUCAGGAAUAUUUUUCAGAUGUUCCCUGCAGACAGGAAGAGGGUGGAAGCAGCACUAAGUGCUUGUCACCUCCCAAAGGGCAAGAAUGAUGCCAUCAACCCAGAGGACUUCCCCGAGCCCGUGUACAAGACUUUCCUCAUGAAUCUGUGUCCCCGGCCCGAGAUCGAUGAGAUAUUUACCUCACACCAUCUAAAAGCAAAGCCCUACAUGACCAAGGAGCACCUGGCCAAGUUCAUCAACAAGAAGCAGCGCGACUCCCGCCUCAAUGACAGCCUGUUCCCUCCAGCCAGGCCCGAGCAGGUGCAAAGCCUCAUCGAGAAGUACGAGCCCAGCGGGAUCAACAUCCAGAGAGGGCAGCUCUCUCCAGAGGGGAUGGUCUGGUUCCUCUGUGGCCCCGAGAACAACGUGAUCGCCCUGGACAAGCUGCUGCUGUACCAGGACAUGACCCAGCCCCUCUCACACUACUUCAUCAAUUCCUCACACAACACCUAUCUCACAGCUGGGCAGUUCUCUGGGAUCUCCUCUGCCGAGAUGUACCGGCAGGCGCUCCUGGCCGGCUGCCGCUGCGUGGAGCUGGACUGCUGGAAGGGCCGGCCCCCGGACGAGGAGCCCAUCAUCACCCACGGCUUCACCAUGACCACAGAGAUCCUCUUCAAGGAUGCCAUCGAGGCCAUUGCAGAGAGUGCUUUUAAAACAUCUCUGUUCCCUGUGAUCCUGUCCUUCGAGAACCACGUGGACUCGCCCAAGCAGCAGGCAAAGAUGGCCGAGUACUGCAGGACCAUUUUUGGAGACAUGCUGCUGACAGAGCCUCUGGAGAAACACCCGCUGAAGCCAGGAGUUCCUCUGCCGAGUCCUAUGGACCUCUUAGGGAAAAUCUUGAUUAAGAAUAAAAAGAACCAAUCUGUAUGUGAGAAGAGGCAGAACUCUUUGAAGAAAGGGAGGAAUGUGGAACCAGAAAUCAUCGAGCAGCCGACCCCUGUGGAUGCUGAAGACACUGUCUGGGCAGGUGAUGUGGCUGAAGAGGAGCCAGAGGAGGAGGAUGAACAGCUUGGAAACCUGGAUGAAGAGGAAAUUAAAAAGAUGCAGUCAGAUGAGGGCACGGCCGGCCUGGAGGUGACGGCGUACGAGGAGAUGUCCAGCCUGGUCAACUACAUCCAGCCCAUCAAAUUCCAAUCCUUCGAGGUCUCUGCCCAGAAGAACCGGAGCUACGUCAUCUCCUCCUUCACGGAGCUGAAAGCCUACGACCUCCUGAGCAAGUUCCCCGUGCAGUUUGUAGAAUACAACAAGCGGCAGAUGAGCCGGAUUUACCCCAAAGGCACCCGGAUGGACUCGUCCAACUACCUGCCCCAAAUGUUCUGGAACGUCGGCUGUCAGAUGGUGGCACUGAACUUCCAGACCAUGGAUGUGCCCAUGCAGCAGAACAUGGCCCUGUUCGAGUUCAACGGGCAGAGCGGGUACCUGCUCAAGCACGAGUUCCUGCGCCGCCCCGACAAGCACUUCGACCCCUUCUCCCUGGACCGCAUGGACGUGGUUGUGGCCAGCACCCUGUCGGUCACGAUACUCUCUGGUCAGUUCCUCUCGGAGCGCAGCGUGAAAACCUACGUGGAAGUGGAGCUCUUUGGGUUGCCAAGGGACACCAAACGCAAAUACAGAACCAAACUGACCUCCACGGCCAACUCCAUUAACCCCCUGUGGAAAGAAGAGGCUUUUGUUUUUGAAAAGAUCAUGAUGCCUGAGUUGGCCUCUCUGAAAAUUGUGGCUUGGGAAGAAGGAGGGAAGUUCAUUGGCCAUCGUAUCAUUCCUGUCAUUGCGAUGCACUCAGGGUACCACCACGUGUGCCUGCGCAGCGAGAGCAACAUGCCCCUCACCAUGCCCUCCCUCUUUGUGUUCCUGGAGCUCAAGGACUACGUGCCGGACGCUUGGGCAGAUCUCACCAUUGCCCUCUCCAACCCCAUCAAGUUCUUCAACAUGCAGGACAAGCGCUCCGUGAAGCUCAAGGAUACCACGGGAGAGAGGCCUGGCACACAGAGGAACGUCCCAUCUGCUGAGACUAAUGGGGUGCCAGACUCUGCUGGGAAACACGGCAUUCCUCCCUCCAAUGGCUCCACGGGAGCAGCGGCGUUCGCCAGGGGAGAAACCGUGUUAGAAGUGAUGCAGAUGGCAGAGCCUGAGACAGCCACCCUGGCUGAGCUGCAGCAGAUGAAGCGCUUCCUGAAGCUGCUGAAGAGGCAGGAGAAGGAGCUGAGGGAGCUGGAGCAGAGGGGAAGCAAACGGAAGGAGGAGCUGUUGCAGAAAUACUCUGUGCUCUUCUCGGAGUCCGUCUGCCACAGGGGCAAGAAAAGCAUGAUCCACAUGAGGAAAACCCAGAAGAAAAGGAUGGAGACCCAGGGUGCCCUUGGCACCUGUGCAAGUCCCGUGGAAGUGGCAGAGAGUGUGGAUCGCCGGCUCCUGGAGCUGAGGGAGAGGCUGGAGGUGGACCUCGUGCACCUCGGGCAGGAGCACCACGAGGGCAUCCGGAGGAAGAAGGAGCAGCACGCCACGGAGCAGGUAGCCCGGAUCCUGGAGCUGGCCAGGGAGAAGCAGGGAGCCGAGCUGCGGGCGCUGCGGGACACGGCCGAGAGCAACAUCAAGGACAUCAAGAAGCGGCUGGAGGCGAGGAGGGUGGAGCGGAUCCAGGCCCUGCUGCGGAACACGAGCGACAAGGCUGCCCAGGAGAGGUCGAAGAAAGAAAUCAACAACUCCCACAUCCAGGAGGUGGUGCAGACCAUCAAACGGGUGACGGAGAAGACGCGGCGGCUCCAGCAGACACUGGAGGAGAAGCAGGCGGAGCGUCUGCGAUCCAUCAAGGAGAUGGAGAGCCAGCUCCAGCAGCAGGCACUGGCGGAGUACGAGGAGAAGGUGAGAGCUCUGAACACGGAGGUGCAGGAGAUGGUGAAGAACUACACCAAAGCCACCUUUCCUGCAGAGCCACAGACUGGGCAAGCAGGUCGGAGCGUUCCUGAGGGACAACAAAGCUCUCCAGACCCCCUGGAAGCGAACAUCGCAGUGGCAGAGGUGUCCAGGCUUACACUGGCCAUGCCUGAGCUCCCAGGAGCUGGAACGGAUGUGGAGAUUGAGGAGAGUGUGUUCUGAGACAAGUCCCUUCCUUACUGUUCAUUGCAGGAAGAGCUGUGGAAGUAAAUGGCGAAGUUCAAGACCAGCUUCCCCAAGUACUGCUAUCCCUCCCUUUCCACUGCAGGGAGCUCCUGAAAUCCUUUGGCAAAGCACUUACUGUUUUAUUCCCACUAUUUGGAAGUAGUCUGGAGAGCUCACCCUCCAGAGUGCUGCCCUCCCUGUGUCCCCCCAGCCUGAGCUCCAAGCUGUUUCAGCAGUGGGAAAGGGCCAGUGCCUGCAGACCAGCUCUGGGUUGGCAUCAGAGCAGUAGCUACAGGAAUAUUUGCCUGGCAUUCACAGCAGGGUUUACAGUUUAGUGAGGAUGGGGUGGGAACUGGGCUCAGUCACACAGACCCACAGCAGAGGGGGUGCUGCAGGAGCAGUCACACCUGACACUGCAAAAACAAACAGUGCUGCUAUGAAAACCACCAGAGCCGAGCCCAAGCAGGUAUGAGACGGGAUGUUCCAAGCCGGGCCUUCUCCAAGAGCCCCCAGCUGCCCUGCAGUGACCAGAGGACUGCAGGGAUGGCCUGCACAUUUCUGACUUAUUUAUUUUCUGAAAAAAUAAACCAGUGCAUUUC